AUGAAGACCGACUUUAAGUUCUCCAACUUGCUCGGUACGGUGUACUGCCAGGGCAACCUGCUCUACAGUCCCGACGGCACCCAGCUCUACUCGCCCGUCGGCAACAGAGUGACCGUCUUUGACCUGGUCAACAACAAGUCGCACACGCUUCCCUUUGCCCACCGCAAGAACAUCGCCCGUAUCGGCCUCACGCCGCGGGGCAACCUCCUGCUCUCCGUCGACGAGGACGGCCACGCCAUCCUGACCAAUGUCCAGCGCCGAAUAGCGACCUACCACUUCUCCUUCCGCGGCAAGGUCACGGCCCUCGCCUUUGCGCCCUCGGGCCGUCACUUCGCUGUCGGCCUCGGCCGCAAGAUCGAGGUCUGGCACGUCCCCUCGACGCCCGACUCGAACGCCGCCGGCGAGCUCGAGUUUGCGCCCUUUGUCAAGCACCACACCCACACACAACACUUUGACGAUGUCCGCCAUAUCGAGUGGUCCAGCGACUCGCGCUUCUUCCUGAGCGCGUCCAAGGACAUGACGGCGAGGAUAUGGAGCCUCGACCCCGAGGACGGCUUCGUGCCCACCGUGCUCUCGGGCCACAAGCAGGCCGUCGUCGGCGCCUGGUUCUCCGAGAACCAGGAGACCAUCUACACAGUCAGCAAGGACGGCGCCGUCUUUGACUGGCAGUACGUCGGCAGGCCGAGGCGGCAGGAGGAUGCCGACGACGACGACGACGACGACGACGACGACGACAUGGCGCUGGACGACAAGGAGGCCGACAUGCGGUGGAGGAUCGUCAACAGGCACUACUUCCACCAAAACGACGCCAACGUGCGGUGCGCGGCGUUCCACCCGGAAUCCAACCUCCUCGUGGCCGGCUUCUCCAACGGCAUCUUCGGCCUCUACGAGAUGCCCGACUUCAACCAGAUCCACACGCUCAACAUUUCCCAAAACGAAAUCGACUUUGUCACGAUCAACAAGAGCGGCGAGUGGCUGGCCUUUGGCGCCUCCAAGCUCGGCCAGCUCCUCGUGUGGGAGUGGCAGUCCGAGUCGUACAUCCUCAAGCAGCAGGGCCACUUUGACUCGAUGAACUCGCUCGUCUACUCGCCCGACGGCCAGCGCAUCGUGACCAUUGCCGACGACGGCAAGAUCAAGGUGUGGGACGUCGAGUCGGGCUUCUGCAUCGUCACCUUCACCGAGCACACGAGCGGCGUGACGGCGUGCGAGUUUGCCAAGAAGGGCAACGUCCUCUUCACCGCCAGUCUCGACGGCUCCAUCCGCGCCUGGGACCUCAUCCGCUACCGCAACUUCCGCACCUUCACGGCGCCCACGAGGCUGUCCUUUUCCUGCAUGGCCGUCGACCCCAGCGGCGAGGUCGUCGCCGCCGGCUCGCUCGACUCGUUCGACGUGCACAUUUGGUCCGUCCAGACGGGCCAGCUGCUCGACCAGAUGUCCGGCCACGAGGGCCCCGUGUCGGCCCUCGCCUUUACGCCCAACGGCGACUCGCUCAUCUCCGGCAGCUGGGACCGCACGGCGCGCAUCUGGUCCAUCUUCAACCGCACCCAGACGAGCGAGCCGCUGCAGCUGCAGGCCGACGUGCUCGACAUUGCCGUCCGCCCCGACUCGCUGCAGCUCGCCGUCUCGACGCUCGACGGCCAGCUGACCUUCUGGUCCGUCACGGACGCCGAGCAGGUCGCCGGCGUCGACGGCCGGCGCGACGUCUCGGGCGGCCGCAAGGCCACGGACCGCCGCACCGCCGCCAACGUCGCCGGCACAAAGGCCUUCAACAAGAUCCGCUACAGCACCGACGGCUCGUGCGUGCUCGCCGGCGGCAACAGCAAGUACAUCUGCCUCUACUCGGUGCACACCAUGGUGCUCCUCAAAAAGUUCACCGUCAGCGUCAACCUCUCCCUGUCCGGCACGCAGGAGUUCCUCAACAGCAGGCUCCUCACCGAGGGCGGGCCCGAGGGCGAGCUCGACGACCAGGGCGAGGCCUCGGACCGCGACGACCGCCGCGACAAGGCCCUGCCCGGCGCCCGCCGCGGCGGCGACCCGUCCGCGCGCCGUCGCGCCCCCGAGGUCCGCGUCACCGGCGUCGCCUUCUCGCCCGCCGGCAACGCCUUCUGCGCCGCCUCGACCGAGGGCCUCCUCGUCUACAGCCUCGACGACGUCCUGGCCUUUGACCCCUUUGACCUGGCCAUGGAGAUCACGCCCGCGUCGACCCUCGCCGUCCUCGACGACAGGGACUACCUCAAGGCGCUCGUCAUGGCCUUCCGUCUCAACGAGGCGAACCUCAUCAAGCGCGUCUUCCUCGGCGUGCCGCACGCCGACAUUCCCCUCGUUGUCGGCGGCCUGCCGAUCGUGUACGUCCCGCGCCUCGUGCGUUUCGUGGCCGCGCAGACGGAAGAGACGCCGCACAUGGAGUUUUGCCUGCUGUGGAUCAAGGCCCUCGUCGACAAGCACGGCGCGUGGCUGACGCAGAACCGCGCCAAGGUCGACGUCGAGCUGCGGGUCGUCUCCCGAGCCGUCUCGCGCAUGCGUGAUGAGAUUCGCAGGCUGGCCGACGACAACGUCUACAUGGUGGACUAUCUGCUGGGGCAGGCCAAGGGACCCGUGGGCGAGGGACAGCUGGCAUUGGAGGCGGCACCGGAAAAGAGCAAGGUCAUCACGGCAGCAGUGGCGGCGGAAGGCUCAGACGAUGGAUCGGAUGAGGACGGUUGGAUUGGGCUAGACUAA